AAGACUUCUUUAAUUGCUUGUUUCCUCUUUUCCUUUCCUUCCUAAUUCUUUUCCCCACCCUUUCAGUUCCCACUUUCAUUGUUUUUGCAUAUACGGUCUGUUUAAAGGCUGUGCUCCUCACUGUGCUGGGCUGGGGAUGGUACCUCUGUCUCUGGACUGAGUAAUUACUCAGUAUGGUUUUAAGUCUUAUGAGACAUUUUCUAGGGGAAUUUGCCUGUUGAGUGCUUCUGCUCUGAUCUAAUUAAAUGACAGGAAGUGGACAAUUUGCUACCAUGCUUGGUUCUCAUUUACGAGAUGUUUUAAGGAAGGGAUGAAAUUAAUUUCUUGAAAAGGCAGAUCUCUUCUCAAUAUGGCUUCAGAAAUCACUUAUGCUGAAGUAAAGUUCAAAAAUGAAUCCACAUGCUCAGGCACCAACUCAGCCUCUCCUGCAGUUCUCAAAGAGAAGACCACUGUUCACAAAAGUAAUCAUGGAUUUUCCAAGCUGAUUCUUUCCUCGUUGUUUAUACUUCUCCUGCUAUUGGCAAUCUCGUUCUUUAUUGCUUUUAUAGUUUUCUUUCAAAAAUAUUCUCAGCUUCAUGAAAAGAAAAAAAUGACAAAAGAACUAAUUCACACAACACUGGAGUGUAUGAAAAAGAACAAGACCAUGCAAGGGAGUUUCUGGAGCUGCUGCCCAAAGAAUUGGAAGUCAUUUGGUUCCAACUGCUACUUUGUUUCUACUCAGUCAAAAUCUUGGUAUGAGAGUGAGAAGGACUGCUCUAGAAUGGGGGCUCAUCUGCUGGUGAUCAACUCCAAGGCUGAGCAGGAAUUCAUCACCAAGGAUCUAAGAAAACAUUCUGCUUAUUAUGUGGGGCUGUCAGAUCCAGAGGGUCAGGGACAUUGGCAAUGGGUGGAUCAGACGCCGUAUAAUGAGAGUAUCUCAUUCUGGCACUCGGGUGAACCCAAUAAUCCUGAUGAGCGGUGUGUGAUUGUAAAUCUUCCUCUUGGAUACUACCAAUGGGGCUGGAAUGAUGUACUUUGUGAUAAUUCUCAGAGGUCAGUUUGCAAGAUGAUGGAGAUUUACUUAUGAAUGGAGCAUUGUCCAUGGAUAUGUGUCUAUGUUUACACCAGUACCACAGUUUUGAUUGCUGCCUUUUGUAAUUGAAAUCAAGAAGUGUGAUGCUUCCAGUUUUGUUCUUCUUCAACAUUACUUUGGCUACUUUUGUUUUUCUGUGAUUCCACACUAAAUGUAGGAUUUUUUCUAUAUUUCUGAAAAAUGUGAUUGGUAUUUUGAUAAGCAUUACAUGUAAUGUAUAAAUCACUUUGGAUGGUAUGGACAUUUUAACAUUAUUUACUUUCCUAGUACAUGGGCAGUGGAUAUAUUUCCAUUUCUUUAUGUCUUCUUUAAUUCCUUUUAUCAAGAUUUUAUGUUUUCAAUGUACAGAAAUUUCACUUCAUAAGUUAAAUUUUUCCUUAGUAUUUUAUUUUUCUGGUACUUUUGGAAAUAAGAUUAUUUUCUUUAUUUCAUUUCCAGAUAGUUUUAAAUUUUAUUUUUCUGUAGAGUGUGUAUGCUUACUGACAGACAGAAGUAGAAAGGGGAAGAGAGAGAGGGAGAGAGAGAAAGUAAGAAAUCACCCCCCAGUGGUAAUACUCGCACUGCAAUCCCUUCUCUAUUCUCUUAUUGGGAUUUUGGGCAUACAUGGACCCAGGCAUGGAGUGUUUUUAAACUUCCAUGUUGGAGACCACACAGGCUGCUGUAUGGGAUAUAGGUGCCUUAACCUCCACAUUAUCUGCUGACCCUAAAUUAUUUUUAGCAUGAAGAAAUGCAGCCAGCAAUAGGGAGGGAUGGGGGGGGAAUCAAAACAUUAAUGAACACAAAAUGGGAAAUUACUUGUUGAUGACAAUGUGUACGGUAAUAUCUUUGCCUGGACUUAUAUGUGGUACACUCAUGCCCAGAGAGUCCAUUUUGUAUGCUGUAAAGAUUACAGUAAUUAAAUGUAAAAAAUAAAAAUAAAAAUUUGAGGAAAAAAAUAAAGAAAUUCAACUACUUUUUGUAUUUAGGUCUUUUCUUUCUUUUUGUUUUUUGCUCGUUGGUAUGAUAAGGAUUUCCAGUACUAGUUGAAGUAGAAAUUGUGGGGGUGGGUAUGCUUUUCUUGUUCCUGAUGGAGGAAAACUUUAAGCUUUUUCCUGUUGAGUGUGAUGUUGGAUACAACCUGUCCCACUUGCCGAUCUGGUUGUUCCACACCAAA